GUUCGGUUGGGUUCGGUUGACGAAGAGCAAUGAAGAGUGAGGCAGGAAAAAAAAAAUCGGCCCUAGGGUAUUUUACUUAUCCGGCAAAGAAUACACUGUAUUCUUUGAUACCGAACAGUACUUUCGCACCAUUUUUUAGCGAAUAAGUGGAGUUCAAUAUCAGCGUAAAUUCAUAGUCUCUCUUUGACAUUUGACGCAAUUUGACACGAAUCUACACGAAUCUGUUACGAUUACAGGCAAUUACGAGCCGCGUCAACAAGUUAUGGAAACAUAUUUCGAUUAACAACUGCCAAAACGUAUUGUAAGCUGAAAAUUUCCAAAUUACUGUAUAAAUAUUCGUAACAAAUAUCGACUUUUAUUGUAUUACUAUGCUGAAUACCGCAUAAAUUUAAUUACAAAUGAUAACGUCAAAAAGGAAAUAUGCGUAACCUCUUCAUUUAUAAGUCAAGAUGUUCAAAUUGGAAUCUUAUAUAACGCCUGUUAUAUUAAGUUAUGUUGAAAAAUAUGUUAAAAAUUUUAAACCGGAGCAAUCACAGUUGUCGCUGUGGGGUGGAGAUGCUUCCUUUCAGAAUUUGGACUUGCGGCUGGAAGUUUUAGAAGAACAACUUAAUCUUCCAUUCAGCUUUGUUAGUGGACACAUCCAUGAAUUACUUAUUCAUGUCCCAUGGGUAAAAAUAACCUCAGAACCCAUUGUUGUUACUAUAAAUACUAUUGAAUGUAUAUUACGACUUAAAGAUGGAAAUGAUGGUGGUAUUAAAGGUACUACAUCGCAGAAGAAGAAAGUGGAACCAGGGGUGGAAGAGACACUUUCUGGAUACAUGAAAAGUAUUGUUAAUAAAAUUGUAAACAACAUUACUAUUCGUUGUAAUAAUUUAAUCCUCAAGUAUGUGGAAGAAGAUAUUGUUCUUAGUUGCAAUGUACGAUCAUUGGAGAUGGAAACUGUUAAUGAAAACUGGCAACCAGCUUUUAUUGAUGUCAAUGAUAGUGAGGUGAUACUUAGAAAAGUAAUUAAAAUUACGGAUCUUACACUAUGUCUGGAUAAAAUGGAUGCUUCUGGAAAGAUAGAAAUGUAUCAAGAGCCUGUUUUGUACCGCUGUUCAAUGGUGAUGAGAUUAACUGUCAACUAUCACAAUAGUACAUCUGAAAUGGCUUCAUCAACGCGAUUGGACAUCCAUUGCCAAAAAAUGACAUUCAGUGUGACUACUCUACAAAUACCCAUGUUAAUAAGGCUAUUUACAUUAGUGGUGGCUCUACAAACACAGCAAUUACCAUCUAGCCGAGACAAGAUGUCAUCCUCAGAAGAAACGGUGGAAAGUGUUGGAGAUGAAAAUGAUCAAGCAGGUGGACCUUCACGGGAAGUACCAGGUUGGGGUGGAUGGGCAUGGGAUGUAAUGACAUCGGUUUUACCAGUUAAUUGGGACAACGAAUGGUCAAACGAACAACAAAUGUCCUGCUUAGUUCAUUCAAUACGCCUUGGUUUUUAUGUAGAUUAUGCAAUAUUGACAUUCAAGAGAGUCGAAAGUGUUAAAGAGCAAGUCUUUUACAAGGGACGAAAAACAGUAUAUAAACCUUUUUUGUCAUUGCACAUACUUGGGGCUGUAGUUGAUGUCUUACGACAAGGUAUAACUAUGUCUAAUCUUCAAGUUGGAUUAAGCUCUAUAGGGCUGGACCCAUCGGACACGUGUAGCUGUGGAUAUCCAGAAGUUGUGGAUAAAUCGAAGUCAUCAUAUAUUUUUGCUGGAAAUAGGGACGGGGAUCAUUUGAAAGGUUCUUUGUUUGAUAAGAAUAUUUCAGAAAUUGAAGAUGAAACACAGAAAUAUACUAUUCAUCACUAUACAAAUGAAGUUGAAGUUGAAAAGUUACUGCAAAGGUAUCCAGCCUUUGCAAUGAAUUCAAUCCAUUAUUUGGAGGUACCAGAUGAUGUUACUCCUGAGAUAUUAGCUGAGUUUGGGUCCACUUUUGAACAGAGUAAUUUCCCUGAAAGAACAAUAGCAAAAUGUGUUAUCGGAGAUGUAACAGUAAGGGCGUGCUCCGGGUUACUUCAUCGACUGAACACCAUUAAAGAAGCUGCUGCUAAAUAUGACUACAGUCCUUAUACUACUUUGAAAUCGGAACCAUCCCUUGAUGAUUUACCAUUGAUUACAACGGAAGAAUACGAUACCGCAAGGGAGAAAACAUCCACAACAGAAAUUAUUGCCAUAGGAAAUACAAUACAUUUGCAACUGGCAGACCAUUGCCUGUCUUGUUCGACAGAUCGACGUAAAUUCGUCGACAGUCAAGGAGUGCCUUCAGUUUCGACUCCGACCGAUAACCCUUUUGUUGAAGUAAAAUGGGACAAAAUCAGUGUAAAAAUAAUUCAGCCAUUGUAUCCAUUACGGACAGUGGCAUGUGCACUAAAAAACGCAGAUCGUACUGAAAGUAUCAUCGAAGAUUGUUAUAAAUCUGUUUCUCUUAAGGUAGAGGGUAUCAGCGGUCAACUUUUUUUAAGGGAUAAUUGUCAUACAUCCGUAUUAAUGCCCUGUUAUGCAGAAUGUACGUUCAAGUUAUUGAUUUAUCCUCGAUGUUGGAAGAACUUGGAUUUGAUUCAUACAACGUGUUCAUUAAACAUCCGUGAUGUCACGAUUACGGGUACCAAAGCAAAACUAAUGACUACUGCUUCUAUAGUAGCGUCGAUUUUUCAAGAAGAGAUCACAAACAAUCCUCUGAUGUGUUCUUCCCUGUUCACCGAUGCGUGUCAAGAAAAAGAUCAGGUUUAUCUAGAAUUAUGUAUAGAAAAUAUACAUUCGUUGUGUCAUAUGUCAAUAGUGACAGUUUCCAUUAAAGCACACGUGCAUUCCGUUAAGAUGUUUGCCCUUACCGAUUCUCAGCAAGUCUUUAUUCUUUCUGGUCCGGAAUGUAAUAAUUCAGAAGAAACCGAGGCGAAACUAUUCACGGCCAUUGUUCAAUUUCCCAACGAAUCUGGGCAGGAUGUCUAUCCUCCUAUUGUUAAAUUUCGCGUUGCUGAAAUCAGAAGCUCUUUAGAUCCUUUGUUAUGUCAGUGGUUGCGUUAUCGGCCGACUUACUUUAAAUUGGACCCAAUGUGUUCCUCGCCUUCUGACGAUCAGCAACCAUUUACGGAAGAAUCUUCGGACCCGAUUGGGAAUCCAAAAAAGAACUUCCCGAGUUUGCAGGAAAGCAUACAUAGUUCUUCCGACAAAGAAAGAAAAAAAUACGGUUUUCUUCUCGAUGAAUCGAAGACCGCAUCUAAAUUUGGCAAAUGUAAAAAGAUUGAGCCAAUAAUGGCGGAACCUACUGUACAAAAGACGUUACCGAUAUCGGAAAUAUUCGUGAAAAUGGCAGAGCUAUAUCCAUGGUGGCCUGAAAUUUUACUAAAUGGCUCCAUCGGACAUAUUAUUAUCUAUGUACCGACUUCCACAAUGAGCGGUAUCGAUGUCCAUGGCAUCGAGCAAGCAAAAGAUCAGGCUCUGAGGAAUCAUGAAAAUCUACAAAUCUUCACCAUUCAAAUACCGGCAACCUACAUCCACUCAACAAAUUUCCACUUAGAUGAUUUGUUAUCGCACCAUACAGAAUUACCUAUUGCAGUAUCGAAACAUACCUGGACCUCUGGAACGUCGAGCUUCCCUUGGACUUUAAAGAUAGAAAAUUUUGCUUGUUAUACCCUGAAGAGAGACAUGCAAUUAAAUGUUAUUAAAAAAAUGUCGUUAAAUGCCACAAUUGGUCUGACAGGAGAACCUCAGUUUAAAGAUGUUGCAUUCCGUUCCAAUGUUAAGGAUAAUUUACCUCCGUCAUUAGGUAUAUGCGUCCACGUGGACAUGACACCAAUCACUGCUUCAGUGUCAAAAGAUCAGGUUGUACUCAUUACGAACAUUACCUCGAAUAUGCUCAAUGUGAUGUUAAGGUCAUCUGAAAAUGAACAGUGUGAACACGUGAAUGAAUCAUCGGAUCCUGUCAAUGAGACUUCUGCUCCUGUUCUGCAAACCGUACAAAGUGUCGAAACUGUAGAAACUGCUCCUAGUCCUAGUCAGAUAUUUUUCACGGAUAAUACAGUCACAUCCUCGACGGUGUCCAUACCUAAAGAGGAACUGGAAGAAAGUGGAAAUCAAGGUCUACUUGUAACGGCAUUUAUUCAAUGGACAAUAACAAAAGUUACACUUAAAUUAUACAUAGAGAAUCCCUCAAAUGGUCCUGAGUUGAAGCUUGUUUUAGAAUUGGAAGAUAUUAUAACAUCGUUAAAUUUACAACCGGUUUAUUUACAGCUCAAAAAUAAAAUCACUACGGCAACUAUAUUUCACUAUAAGAGAGAUUUUCAAGAACAAGUCUGGGAAUAUGGAGAGUUUAAUGGUUUGGUAAUGGCAGGUAGAGAAGAUAGCCCGAAAAAAAAGGAAGAAGAUUCUGGUUUUUUAAUAUUAACAUUAACUAGGGCUAAAUCAAGGAACGUACACACACGUUGGAAAACUCAAAACCGUACAAACAUGCGCAAGAAAAACCUUUCGAUAUUGUGUUCUAACCGGACAGAAAGUUACAUUACGGAAAUGGACAUAAAAAUGCAAAUGAUUGACGUUGUAUUGCCGUUAAGAGUACUCGAUAAUUACGUGCAACUUACAAAGCCAUUGAUACACUUAUAUCGAUCGAUAAAUACAAUGGACAAUAUUAAAGACAAGCCAAUUAAUCUACAAUCGGAUGAAUUAAUCGGCUUUAAUAGCUCAUCCCUGCCCUUGAUAUUCUUAGAUUUCAAAGGGUUACGACUCAUGGUGCCAAUUUCCUCGAAUUACAAAAAGGAAUUAUUACAUGAUUUAUUAACGAUUCAGUUAGACGGUAUCGAGAUUCUCCCGCAAGCAGAAAACCCUAUUUGUCGAAUGCCUUUGCGAUCAGAUAUUUAUCAUAGUGCUGCUCAUGCAAACAUAUUGAAUAUACCAGGUUCCGCUGUUGAAGAUCGACAGUACCAGUUCGUCAUUAAAGAAAUGUGCGCUUACACUGCUAGUUGGAUUAACUAUCAAUCAAGUAUCGUUAAGAGGACAUCUCGUUCAUGUUUGUACACUAUGAAUGAAAAUCCUGCUCUGGAAUGGAACAAACUUGGAGACGAAAACAGCUUGAAAAGAGACUUUGCAACUCUUCCCAUCAUAACGAGAUGCGAUCUUUGCAUCGUCGUGGCUCCAGCAAUUGUACUAAAACCCGACACAAUUGUCUGCGGUACGGCUGUGGAAAUAAAUUUAAAGGAUAUCGAAAUCGUUACCAAUUACGACCAAAUCGAGCUGCUGUCGCUACUGCUUUCUCAAGUUAAAGAUGUUACUGCAGAAUACACCGAACUGAUUGGAAGCAACAAUAAACCAUCUACAUCAGUUUCGGUCCAACGUGCUCCUACUUUAUCAGCAAAACACUUUUCUUGGAAUAAACGAGAAAGUACUGAACCGGAUUUAGAUUUUGCUAAGGAUAGCGGAGUUAAUUUUGAAAUGUCCAGUAUGAAUUCAACCAUUGUUGGUAAGUUCGCUACACAGGAAACUUCCAAAUUAAUUACAUACGUCUUUGAAAUAAACUGUGGUAAAAUUACGUACAUACUCUACGAAUUGCAACGAACAUCCAGUUUGCACGAAGAGGACAUGGUCGAGAUCGACGAAGUCAGUAACAGUAGUACGAAGUUGCCAUUACUCUAUGCAAUGGUGAAUCAACCGAAUGUGUACAUUGCUAUAUUUGGUUUGUCGCGGAAGAUCAAGGUGUCUUGUUUCGAUGUUGCAUUAUCACUUGGAGACGACGCCAGCGACACGGAGAAGGAUGAUUUGGUUUCAAUACCGACGUCGAACGAUUUCAAAAUUCCUGUAAUAGAAACAAAAUGUGGAGAUUCCCAUCCAGUUACCGGUAUACCGCCAUCAUUCCUUGUUGUUAAAUACGAGAAGGUUUUUGGGAGGGAUCGCCUAAUUACCGUUGACACGGAACGUCCGACAAAGAUUCACGUCUCAUUAUCCAGAUGGCGUAAAUUAAUCUCGAUUAAAGAUAAGAUGUCGGAUAUAUUUUCAAGCGAGGUCGACGAAAAUAGCGAGUCAAUGGAGAGGGACGACCAUGAAAAACACAUGCUUGGUGAUCCCCGAGAACCAAAAGAAGCAUUUACUCGAAAUUAUAGCCCGGAUUUUGCUCUCACCACCAAGCAAAUCGUCUUAUCAUUCCAAGUUGACAGUGGAUCGGAAGUACUAUUUAGUUUGGCGGCUCUGUCGGGAAACGUUUCGACACUGAAUCGACCUGACAGAAUUUGCGGAAACGUUUCCAUCGACUCUUUCGUGGUGUCCAGUAUUCUUGACAAUCGCAUAACAGUCCUUUUGAAUCCGUGGUGUUGCUGCGUUACGGCGUUUUUUUCCAAAUCGUCGAAUAGUAGCGACACGUUUCCGCGAUUGCAACUUCAAGCAGACAGCGACAGUAUUUACGUCGUUGUGGGACCGCGGCAAAUUAAAAUCAUAAAUGAGCUAUUACACGAUUUUCAAGAGAUUUACGAUCGUUUUGUGCCAAAUUCCAAGAGCAAUGAGGACAUGGACGAUCAGGGCAAAGUAACGACAGAACAGUACUACAAAGAUGAUCUCAAAGCUGGAGCUUUUCAGUUCAUUGAUGGGAACUCGGACGAAUUACCUCUUCCUUACCAAGUAGCGUUUUAUUCGCAGCCUAGACAAGCCAUGGCGUGGAGAUAUCCUCAACCGAGGACAGUCACUACUGUUCACGUAUCACCGGUUCCGUUUAAGGUCGUAAUGGACGAAGAAAACUACCAAGACCAAGUCCUCUGCACCCUGGAGUACUGGAGCGAAUGUCACGCAGCUUAUCAACCUUACGCCGAGAUCUAUUUAUCAGAAACGGAAAGUUAUUGCGUGGACCUUCCGAAAGAAGCUCCGGCACGAUCGGUAGCAUGUUCUUGGCGAGUAGUCGUUUGUACUCCAGAGAAGGAAGAGAGUAAAGGCAAAAUCCUCCACUCGGUCCGCGCCCUCGCGGCUUGCUUGCGAAUAGACUCCUACUUUGAGCCCAAGAUCAUCCCGAUUUUUCAAGGAGCCCUGAACGUCGGUACGAUACACCUGGCGUUCUGCAAUCAGGUAGAACCCGAUUUCUUUGAGAAACUGCCCGAGCCUCUGGAGGAUUACAGGCUGAGUGACAGAGGAACUGUGCCCGAUACCCAGUGUUUCCUUGCUAUGGAUCAUAAGAACGCUGUGAUAGUUGUUAACAAAUGGGUAGACGGAACAACCCUGGUCGACGUCGUCGGAAUAUCAAGCGUGCGAAUAUUGGACUACGGGUUUUUAACGAUGCAAGAGUCCUUGAGCCCACUAACGAUAAAGGCGCAGUUUUGCGUGUCGUCUCGAAAAACUGACUUCAACAUCUCGUGCGAGCCGUUCUCGAUAAGAUUCGGACCUGCGAUCGCUCACACCUUAGGUGUAUCCACGCGACUGUGGAUGGCGUCGUUUGAUGACCACAAGAGCAAGAUUUUGCCACCGACUCGAUAUAUCAUCGCCAACGAUACCGACGUUCCCAUUUGUUUCGGCCAAGCCGACACGAAGGAUGCCAUCUUGUUACAGACCCGAGAAUGCUACUUUUACUCCUGGAAACACCCUGGACAUACCAGGAAUCAAACCAUGAGAAUAUCUCUCGGGGGCAACCAGUGGAGUCGCCCAUUCUCUAUUAAUCAAGAUGAUGUACGAACUAUUGAAUUCCCUGACGAGGCUGUGAACGCGACUGUGUUUCUUCGGGUUUCCUCUCUUUCUGCUACUCAGAAGCUGGUCAAGUUCUAUGGGCAGCUUAUUAUAUCCAAUCGGUUGACCGAAGCUUUCGAAAUGAAACUGGUGAAAUAUACGGAAGAGUCUAAUAAUAGGAAUAAAUUAAUGUAUCUCGUCCCGGGUAGAAGUCAACCACCUUCUAUAGUGCUCGAGAGAGGCAAUGGUCCUCGAAAUGACUUGGCUUUGGCAAUGCGGCUACGGUUUCGUUCCAUGACUAGUUCCUCCUGGACCGGUGAUGUUCCUCUCCACCCCAACGCCAAAUUUGGUCAACCUUGGCUCGUCAAAGUGCCAUUGCAAGAACGUGGCCAGUUUUUAAGUAUUUGGGUACGGAUAGUGACUCAACGUAUCCAAGGAAGAACCAAGAUUCUUGCUGUUUUAAGUCCCCUUUAUACGAUUCGAUCGCAUUUACCGGUACCAGUUCAGGUUCGAAUUGAAACACCUUCUUUGAAGGUUUCUUCGACUAUGAGUGUGAAAGGUCGCGGGGAAGUACAACAGUUGUAUUGCCCUGGUACAUUUGAACAGUCCCAUCAAUUAACUUUCCAGCUCGAUCCUGCCAAUGCUGAUCCUUUCAGAGCUGGUAUCUCGUCUUCGGAUCCAUAUGUUCCCCUUUCAUAUAGUUUAAUUGACCAGCGGAAGUAUUUUAAGAGAUCUGAAGAUGAGGACAUCGAUACAAUUAUAAAAACCUUAGAUAACAUUGAAAACGAAGAUCCCUGGCCAUUUCAAGCCGACGAUGAUAUACAAGAUUGGAUAUCUACCGAACAGCCUCAAACUCACGCUCAGGUUAAGUAUCGGGACGGCGGUUUAGUUUCCAGUACCUUAUUGUUAGAACUCCAGCCAUGGUGUUUCUUUCUAAAUUCCAUUGGAUGCCAUCUAUCUCUUGUGUCAGAAGAUGUCGAGCUUUGUCAAAUUCCACAUCGUGGAAUUGUUACUCCACCUAAAUUGGAAGGAUCAUUUCAUUUGAAUGUGGGAAUAGACGAUAUAUUUUAUACUUCUCCUAUUCUACAAUUGGCUCGACCAGAUUGGAGUCAGAAUUUUUAUAUGCCUAGAAUAGAAGGUCUUAUUCCAGUCGAAGGGAAUGUUAAAAUACCAGUUGAUUGUGAAUCGAGUAUGUGUAUAUUGAGCAUUAGAUCGAAUAUGCAUGAAGACAUGCGAUUAGUACGAAUUGCAAGUAGUCAUGUUAUUGGGAAUAACACAGAUCAGGAAUUACGUUUGGCUGCAAUAGUCAUUCAUGAGAAGAGUAAUGAUCUUUGUCUGCCAUCUGAUCUAACACCGUUCAGUAUUAAAAUUUUGCCUUCUAAAGACCAGAGAGAAACCGUUCCUGUUGUACAGUGGCAUAUGUUAUAUCCUGAACGUCCUUUAGAACCAGUAGCAUUUUACAUAUCCCUGAGUCUGAAUCAACAAUGGUCUUGUCCUGUUCGAGUGGGUCAAGGUAUUAGUCGUCGAAGCAUAGCUGUCAGGGACGGCAGUACAACAAUACCGGUGGUAAUGACGACUCAAGAAGAUAAGGGGACAUUGUUCAUCAUGCUUUACAGAGACGAACAUCCUCAGUUAUUCAUCGAGAAUACGUGUUCAUUUACAAUUGUCUUGGGUCAAGCCAAUGCUUCCUCUGACGCUAUUUUACUAGACUCGGAACACUUCUCAUGGAUGUGCGAAGUGGAAAGUGGUUGCUCUUCGCAUUAUUCCACGCCAAUUGUUGGCUCUAAACUACCAGAUUCUCCCUCGAACAACAGUACAACUAAAUUAUUACUAUCAGCAGUGAUUAAAAAUAAAGCAGAAUUUACAGAUCGAAGAAAUUUACAAUGGUCUCGACAUAUUGACUUAUCUGUCCUAUCUUCUACGCAUCUAUCAGAUCAAUACGUUCGAAUACCACAUGUUGGAGAUGUGAAAUUAUCGAUGUACAGUCGCUGUCAUACAGUCCACAUUAAAAUCAUGCCAAUAUCCCAGGUAGAAAUUUCUGCUCGUGAUAUUAGAAGCAGACUGUUACAUAAAGAAGCCGAUAUGCAAAUAACAUCAGCUAUGGUUAACACACGUGGGAUGCUUCAAUUGGAUGAGUCUAAGUCAGUUGCUCACAGUCAGACGUCGGCUUCUACAUCCGAAACAAGUUUUCUUUCCGCUCAAGAACACGGAACAAUAACGGACGUCUCAGAUUCUUCUCAACAUAACGUAGAACUAUCGACAUCGGAUAAAAAUAUAAAUGACGUAGAUGUCUGGAAGAACGAACAAUCAGCACCUAAUUUGGAAGAGCGAAGUGAACAAGAAUCUUCUUUUACUCUAUGCCUUCGAGGCGUUACUAUCGUUUUGACAAAAGACAUCAACGAAUGUGCUCAAAGUAUCGAGGUUGCGAACCUUCAUCUAACGGACACGUUCGUUACCUCUGAGUCAAAAUCUAAUGUUUCGUCGUUGUGCUUGUGCAUUGGCGAUGUACAAUUGGAUAAUCAAUUAUUCGACCACGGAGGUUUCGACUUUCCAGUCGUUCUUAUAAGCCAAAGUCCCAGAGUAGCAAAGGAAAGGAUAUUUUCGUUAAGCAAUCGCUUAAACGCAGACAUCGAUAAGAUUCAAGAGGACUCGCUAAUCGUGGCAACAUGUAUCUGGGAAAAAAAUGGGAGAGUAACAGCAUGCAAGGAUAUUUACUUAAAAGUGUCUCCAAUUAGCGCUUACAUCGAGGAUACGUAUAUUUCACAAUUGCUGGACUAUGGAAAGUUACUGGUGCCUUCUAGUUUCGUCGCGUCGUCGACGCAAUCGAAUGAAACAAACGACGAGACGGUAUUUCCACCAAGAGCAAUAAUUUAUGCUCCUUAUUCUGUAAUAUUGGACAGCAAAACAUUAAGCUCACCUUUAAGACUGCACAGUUUAGUCAUAGAACCUGUGUCGAUAUUGUUGAGCGUUCAUACAUUUGUGAGACUCUACGUAGCCCUUGAUCACUCACCAUUGUAUUUUGGAUCGUUUGAGCGAACACAUCUUUUAACAACUCCAUACAGACUUGGCAAUGCACUAAUCAUGCAUUACUUAUCAGGCGCUAUAUUUGGAGCAGGCUGGGUCGUCGGUUCUCUCGAAAUCCUGGGAUCUCCCGGAGGACUGGCACAGGCUUUGGGUUCUGGCCUGAAAGACUUUAUUUCCAUGCCAUUCCAUGGUUUAUUACAAGGACCGUGGGGAUUCGUGGUAGGAAUUACCCACGGAUCAGCUAGUCUCGUCAAGCACAUCACGGCAGGUACGGUCAAUUCUGUGACGAAAUUAGCUUCGAGUGUCGCGAGGAAUUUGGAUAGGCUCACUUUAGACGAAGAACACCUUCAACGUCAAGAAGAAUCGCGACGCUCGCGACCUCAAGGAGUGGCGCAAGGACUAUUUCAAGGUCUUACUGGUUUAGGAAUGAGUCUUCUUGGCGCUGUUGCUGGAUUGGCUCAUCAUCCGUUGCAACAAGUAUGGUCAGGAGAUGCAACUACAACAAGUGUCGUUACUGGAGUUGGUCUAGGCUUAGUUGGAGUUAUCACUAAACCUUUAAGUGGAGCGGCAGAGUUGGUCGCUCUGACCGGUCAGGGUUUGCUCAGGGGAGCUGGAUGGAAUUCCUUGCCCUCCCCGAGGCGAAGGCCGAUAAUUCAUUACACGAGUUCCAACUGCAACGCUCCCGUGAAAUAUAGUUGGAUGUUACUUCCCAUGUUCGAUAACGGAAAGGAGAGCAUUUUGCACGUAGCCAAUGCCGACCACAUAGUAAAUCAAACUGGCAAUCAGGCUGUAACGCUUGUUCUUACGCAUAAAUCCUUGUUCCUAAUAAAUAGUUCGGAUGACAGCGUGGAGAGGAUAUUUUCUGUUAAGGAAUUGAUGAGCGUCGAUCAUCCAUACGAGUCUAACAUGUUAUGCUUAUAUUGUCCCUCCGAUGAGGUACAUCCGACUAGAUCGUCAUCGCCAACGGAGUUGCCAGAGAUGGACGAGGACACAAGAGGAAGAGUUGAGGAAUAUGUGAGAACGAGUAGCAAAAGUUUAACUAAUUUAUUAGAGAGCAGUGACACGCAGUCGAACGCUUUCGAAACGGUUUCCGAACAAUUAGGCGAUACUAUUUCAUUUUACGUUUCCUCGGAUUCGCGCAAUUAUCUUCUGUCGCUGUUCAAUAUAGCCAAACGCCAGUCUAGCGGAAACCAAUUUACAGUUUUAUAAGAAAUCAACUUUUACACGCUACUUGAAAUGAUAUUUUAAUACUUGCUUUAAUGAACCUGCCACUGUAAAGUAUACAAGGGAUUAAUUGGUGACAAGGUAUCAAAUCCAGGAAUGGCCUUGCAGAGGAACAUCUAUGCGAAUUAGGCACUGUCCUGGUCGGAAGCAUGAAGAAGUUAAAUGUAAUUUUGAAUAAACAAGAAAUUUUUAUAAUACAA